UUUUAUCGAUCGAUUAUUUCUAUUUUCUAUUACUUUUCCAAUUUUCAAACAUCCGUUUUGUAAUGUCUCAUCAUGUAUUUGGACUACUCCAGUAUAUGGAUGUCCUUUUGGAUUUUUUGGUUUUGGCCUUUUUGAAUAUUUUUUCGAAGUGGCAUUAACUCGAUAAGUUCUGAUGUCAACAUUUGUUUUUACUGCAUUUUUAAGAUCUAACUGCUCUGACCAAGGAUCUUGUAAAUUUCCAACGGGUGAUUUGUCAAUUAUUUGUUUAAGCUGUUUCGUUGCCUUAUCGUCUGGAGACUCUUGUUCAGGUUCUCUAAUAUCAAUAGUCUCGAGGUUCCGAAAGUCUUUUUCUUCUAUUUUCUCAAUAAUUUUACUUUCUACCAUCAUUACAUACUGAUUUUCGUUUUGAUUUUCAUUUUCUUCUUCCAUUUCUUUUAUUCUAGCUUUUCCACAAACUAUUGGACCAACUU